AUGUCGGACCUUGCUAACGCCAACUCGGUCAGUCUGGACGCGGUGGUGCCGGACACCUGGUCCGAGCCGGAGGUGGAGGAGCGCCAGUCUCAUCAGGCGCAAGGCGGCGUGCUCACCGGCGCCCGGCGCUGCCUCCGAGCCUGGGUGUUGCGGCAGGGUGCUGACGGGGAGCUCAAACGCUAA